AUGAAAAUCUUCUUUGAAAGACUCAUUAAUACUGCCAUGUUCUUACAAACUCUUCUCAUGAUAACCCUCUCUAAUUUGGCUUAAGCAUGCAACUACUAUAGCUUAAGCAUUUAUUAAUACAACGAUAAUUUAUGUAAUGGCUAGUACUGCACCUCAGAUUUCUAAUGUGAAAAUUAUACAUGCACUUUUGGAGUAUGCAAUAUCAUCUCAGAGACGACUAUUUACCGAAUUGUGUUUAUAUCAGCUUUCAUCGUAACAGCCUUAAUAAUAUUGACUAUCUUUUAUUGCAAAAAGAAAAGAAGAGCUCGUGCACUUGCACUUGCAAUCAGAAAUCAAUAGCUCCAUCACGAUCAUAGUAAUCAGCAUAAUUACUAAGGCCAACCAGAAGUUCAGAGAUUAGUCGGGUAUCAUUCUAUAUAAUAAGCUGAUGGAAGAGCUCUAAGUCAGUAGUAACUUAACUCAACUUAUGACUAACCUGGUGGAUUUUAAAUGCAAUCAAACUAUGAUAUUUAACAUCCAAUUAUCGGAAAAUCUGACUAUGCUACUCCACAAUCAAAUGUGCAUCAAUAAUAAAAACAAUUACAACCACAAAUACAAAAGUGA